AUGCUCGGCCACUGCUACGUCGCGCUGCUGGGCUGCGGCCUCGUCCUGCUGGUCCCACACACACUUACAUCUUCCCCCGUCUCUACCCUGCUGUCAAUUUCGGGCACCGUCCUGCUCGUCGCUGGUCUGCUCUGGGGAGGCUACCCGUACAGCUGGGGCCAGGUCCACAUGCUGGCACCCCUGCUGCUCAGUCUUGGGCUUCUGGCCGUUUUUGUUGCUUGGGAGGCCUGGGACAUCGCACCCAUAGCCCCCACGACCUCAUCGCCACCGCUACCGUCCUCACCCUCGCCGGCGUGA